AUGAACUCAAAAGAUAAAAACCAAUCAAGAACCAAAAUGUACUCCAAGUAUAUGUCCCUAUGCCUACUGCUAAUACUUGGAAUGGCCUUUUUGGCCACCACUUCCCUAGCUGAUCACCACCACCACCACCACCACCACCAUGACCAUGGCCAUCACCCUCCUAAAAAACAGUGGCCCACAACCACACAAAAUGAACCUUCAAAGGUAGAAGAAGACAAAGAUCUCACAAAGGUGGAGGAUGGCCACUAUAAGCCUCCUCCCAAGAAAAGUCCAUGGAAGAAGCAUCCUCCUUUGGGAAACUAA